AUGGUGACACGCCGCAUAGCAACUUCGUCGGAUUCCAUUUUGGGAGACAAUGACCCCAACCAGCAGCUUGUUGACCUGCUGGCAGCAGUGCGGGUGCUUCAAGAACAAAACUUAGUGCAGCAACAACGGAAUGAGGAGCAUCAUCGCCUUCAGGAUGAAGCUCGGGCUCGAGAGACCGAACUGAGAACGCAGUUGGAACAACGUGAGCGUGAGCGCAAGGAACAGAUGGAAGCUAGGGAGAGGGAGUUGAGGCAACAAAUCGAUCUCCUACGAAACAAUGUUGUCGGUGCGGAAACUACCAGAAUGAUGCCCAAAGUCUUCCAGCCCUUUUCGGAGGAAAUCCAAGCAGUAGUUGUUCCUCGCCAUUUUCGUGAGCCAACAAUCGAUUCCUAUGAUGGAUCAGGUGAUCCUCAAAGUCACGUCUCAACUUUCCAAACACAGAUGUUCAUAAGCGGAGCUGACGACACACUGAGCUGUAAGAUUUUUGCUGGUACUCUAAAAGAUGUGGCUCAUAAGUGGAUUGCAGGGCUUCCUGCUAGGUCAGUUACGAGUUUUGAAGACCUUGCAACUCGUUUCGUGGCCCAGUUUGCAGCGAACAGUGAGAAGCCGUUCUUGUUAGCUGAUUUGUUUGAUGUUCGUCAGCGCCAAACUGAAUCGCUGAAGAAUUACUUGGCACGUUUCAACAGCGCCACGCUCAAAGUGACAGAGCCCAACGAGGAUAUCUUUGUCAUGGCUUUCGAGAAAGGGCUAAGCUCAGGAACUUUCAGUGAAGCUUUGACUCUGCGUAAGGCGAAUUCCAUGAAUGAGAUUCGAAUGAGAGCAGAAAAGCACAUUGAAGCUGAAGACUUUGCUCGCGAGAAAGGAUCCAGGGAGAUACGAGGAAAGGACCAAACAACCGAAGACCGAAGAGAAAGGAUGAAGAAGAGGUUGGGAAGAGAUGAUGUGCCGAGGAAUUCUCGUAAUGAGCGGGUAGAUAGACCAGAGCGCGAUGCACCGCCCAGAGUAAAUUCUUGGGACGAAAAUUUCACUCCUCUAACUAAGAGGAGAUCUCAAAUACUUAAGGAGGUGAUGAACACUCAGAUCAUUAAGCGACCACCCCCAAACCCUCGUCCCAUGGGAGAUGAAGCUGGUCAGUGGUGUGAAUACCAUAGAGCAUAUGGACAUAACACGGAUAAUUGUCGAACUCUCCGUAUGCAUAUUGAGAAGCUGGUACAAGAGGGUCAUCUAGGAAGGUAUGUGCAAGGAAGAGGUGGAGGUCAUCACGACAAGAGGCCAGCUCCUAACAAAAACACAAGUCGGUCUCCAAAGCGUGGACGAGGAAAAGAGAAAUCGCAAGACAAAGAGUCAGGAGGAGAACAUGAAAGGAAGGAUCGGGGAAUUGUAAACACCAUUGCUGGAGGAUUCUCAGGAGGCGGAGCAACCAGCUCAGCUAGGAAAAGAUACUCGCGUUCUUCCCUGACUUGUAAUAUGGUGGGAGUCUAUGCAUUCAAAGAGCACCCUCAGAUUUCCUUUACUUUCCAGGAUUUCGCAGGGAUAUAUCCUCAUGAUGAUGACCCCUUAGUCAUAUCUGUGGUCACCGCUGGUUUCCAAAUCAAGCGGGCAAUGGUGGACACCGGAAGCUCAGCAAAUGUUCUAUUCUUGGAGGUCUUUGAAAAAUUAGGUUUACCUAAAGAGGUCAUGAGGGAACACCGAGGAGCUUUACUAGGGUUCUCGGGAGAGUCAGUGGAAAUCAUAGGGUACGUGGACUUGCGUACUACAUUUGGAGAAGGUGGGAAUGCAAAAACUAUAAUAGUAAAGUACAUUAUAGUGGACGCACAAUCAUCCUACAACUUUAUUUUAGGAAGACCAGCACUAAAUGGUUUGGGAGCAGCAGUUUCAACUGCUCACUUGUGCAUCAAGUACCCACUGCAAGGAGAUGGUGUUGGAACUAUCAAAGCAGAUCAAUCGACGGCAAGAAAGUGCUACGACGACAGUUUGCGAAGCAGGAAGGUUGAAAGGGGAAAGUUAGUUAAUGAUCAACGUUGGAACUUUUUGGAUCUCGAUCCAAGAGACCUCAGUAGGGAAGAGGAGGAGUGGCGCCCGAGACCAGCAGAGGAAGUGAAAGAAAUUCAGAUUGGAGCAGAGCCAGGACAAAAAACUAAGGUGGGGACAUCUUUGUCAGAAGCAAUGGAGGAGGAGCUGAGGCAUACACUUAGAAAGAAUAUAGAUCUAUUUGCAUGGUCUGCCAAAGAUAUGCCAGGAAUAGAUCCAAAUUUCAUAUGUCACCGUUUGGCCAUCAGCUUGGAUGCUAAGGUUGUGCAGCAGCGAAAACAGAAGAUGAGCUUAGAAAAGCAGAAAGCAAUAGAAGAAGAGACUCAGAAGCUGGUAAAGGCAAACUUUAUCCGUGAGGUGAAAUACCCGACCUGGCUCGCAAAUGUGGUGAUGGUGAAGAAGUCUUCAGGGAAAUGGAGAAUGUGCACGGACUAUACUAAUUUAAACAAGGUGUGUCCUAAAGAUGCCUACCCACUACUUAGCAUCGAUCAAUUGGUGGACAAUGCUUCAGGGUGUGGACUCCUUAGUUUUAUGGAUGCAUACUCAGGCUAUAACCAGAUAAGAAUGCAUCCAGAAGAUGAGGAGAAGACUGCUUUCAUGACCGAUAGAGCUAAUUUUUGCUACAAAGUUAUGCCAUUUGGUUUAAAAAAUGCUGGAGCUACAUAUCAACGGUUGAUGGAUAAAGUUUUCAAGAAUGAGAUUGGCAAAACUAUAGAGGUGUACGUGGAUGAUAUGGUGGUAAAAUCAGCCCAAGAGAGGGAUCACCAAAGUAGUCUUAGUAAGGUGUUUGGCUUAUUGAGAAAGUAUGACAUCAAACUAAAUCCUGAAAAGUGUUCAUUCGGAGUUCAGGCUGGAAAAUUCCUAGGUUUCAUGCUGACCAGGAGAGGGAUAGAGAUAAAUCCAGAGAAAUGUGCAGCCAUCAUGGAGAUGAGGAGUCCCAUCAGUGCGAAGGAGGUACAACGGUUAAUAGGAAGAAUCGCUUCACUCACAAGGUUCUUGCCAUGCUCAGCAGACAAAAAUCUUCCAUUUUUUCAAUUACUUAGAAAAAAUGAAAAGUUUUGUUGGACUGAGGAAUGUGAAGGAGCUUUUCAGAAGUUGAAGGAAUUUUUGACAACACCACCCAUUCUUGUAAAGCCAAAGUUGGGCACUCCACUAAUACUAUAUUUGGCUGUAUCUGAGAAGGCUUGUAGCUCGGUGCUUGUUCAAGAGGAGGGUAAGGAGCAGAAACCUGUGUACUUCACAAGUAAAGUAUUACAUGGAGCCGAGCUACGAUACCAAAAAAUUGAGAAAGUUGCGCUAGCCUUGCUUUCCUCCGCUAGAAGGCUCAGACCUUAUUUUCAGAGUCACACUAUAAUAGUUCGAUCAGACCAACCAAUCAGACAAGUACUGCAAAAACCAGAUUUAGCGGGGAGAAUGGUUACCUGGUCAGUGGAAUUGUCUGAGUUUGACAUCAUUUUUGAGCCAAGGGGAGCCAUAAAGGCGCAGGCUUUGGCAUAUUUCAUAGUGGAGAUGACAACAGAAAAAGGAAGUCUUGCACCUGUUAGUUGGAUUCUAUCAGUGGAUGGCUCAUCCAACCUGAAGGGAAGUGGGGCAGGAGUGACGUUGGAAGGACCAGAUGGUGUUUUGAUCGAACAAUCUUUAAGGUUCGAAUUUAAAGCAAGUAAUAAUCAGGCGGAGUACGAGGCUUUGGUAGCGGGAAUGCGUUUGGCAUUGGAAGUGGGAGUUAAAGAGCUCGAAGCAAGAAGUGAUUCACAGCUGGUUACUGGACAGGUGACCGGAAGUUUUCAAACAAAGGACCCUCAACUUUCGAAGUACCUUGAAAAAGUGGCUAAGUUAAUUCAGAAAUUCAAAAGCUUCAAAUUGUCGCAUGUUCCAAGAGAUCAAAACAGCAGAGCAGAUUUGUUGGCUAGGUUGGCCAGUACCAAACGACCAGGGAGUAACAGAUCAGUGAUCCAAGAGACUUUGGCACGUCCAAGUAUAGAUCAAGAAGAGCUCUUGUUCGUAACAGAAGAGUUGGAGUCAUGGAUGGGAGAUAUUAUUCGAUACCUAAAGGAAGACCAACUUCCAGGGCAGGAAAAUGAGGCUCUAAGAGUCAAGAAGAAAGCAACCAAGUUUGUUAUCAUUUCAGACCAACUUUUUAAGAGGGGUUUUUCUAGCCCACUUCUAAAAUGUUUGGCUCCUAAGCAAGCUGAGUAUGUGACAGCUGAGGUGCAUGAAGGGGCCUGUGGAAGUCAUAUUGGAGGACGAGCUCUUGCGGCGAAGGUUCUUCGAGCAGGUUACUAUUGGCCGACGAUGAAAGAGGAUUGUGCUGAUUAUGUAAAGAAGUGCGAUAAGUGUCAAAGGUUCUCAAAUCUCCACCAUGCACCUCCGGAACAUCUAAGCUCGGUGGUUUCCCCAUGGCCCUUUUUUAAAUGGGGAGUUGAUAUUUUAGGUCCAUUUCCGGAGGCAGCGGGUCAGGUGAAAUUUUUAGUAGUUGCUGUGGACUACUUUACUAAGUGGAUAGAAGCAGAACCAGUGGCCACCAUCACAGCUGAAAGGAUCAGAAAGUUCUAUUGGAAGAAGAUUAUAUGUAGGUUUGGUCUCCCGGCAGUGCUAGUAACCGACAAUGGAACACAAUUUGCCAGCUCACGUGUUGCUGAUUUCUGCAAGGAAUGGGGAAUAAAACUUAGCUUCACAUCGGUGGAACACCCUCAAACAAAUGGUCAAGCUGAGUCGGCUAACAAGGUAAUCUUGCAAGGUUUGAAGAAAAGGUUGGAGGCAGCUAAAGGGUUAUGGGUAGAAGAAUUACCAAUGGUCUUGUGGUCUUACCAUACUACCCCUCACUCUUCCACUCAAGAAACUCCAUUCAAAAUGGUGUAUGGAUCAUAUGCUAUGAUUCCAAUCGAGAUCAAUGAACCUAGUGCGAGAGUCCUUUUUGCUCGUUUGGAAGAGAAUUCUAUUAACCUGCAGGCCAAUUUAGACCUCCAGGAUGAAGUUCGAAAUCGAGCACAUGUGAAAGAGGAGGCUUGUAAAAGAAGAGCAGCUAGAAGAUAUGAUUCAAAAGUCAAGAAAAGGAUUAUUAAGGAAGGGGAUUUAGUGCUGAGAAGGAAACCAGGAGUAAAGACACCUGGAAAGCUCUUCCCACACUGGGAAGGUCCAUUCAGAGUUAAGGAAGAUUUAGGGAAGGGAGCUUAUCGUUUGGAGCAUUUAGGUGGUAGUAAGGUACCGCGGACUUGGAAUGCGGCAAACCUCCGUUAUUACUUCAGCUAA